AUUGAAGAAAAAAAUAAAAAGAAAAUAAUUUAUUAAAAAUCUAGAAAAUAAUACAUAUUAAAUUAAAAAAUUUAAAUAUGUUUUUUAAACAUCCAACAACAAUAAAUAUAGUCAAUUCAUAAAUCUUAAGUAUGUAACCAUAAAAUCUCUCUAUUAGCUUUAAUGAUAUUCAAUCUAGAAUUUAAUUGAUAAAAAAAGCUUAAUUUAAUUUUUAAAUUUCAUAUUACAACCUAGCUCAACAAAAAAUGAUUAUUUAACCAAACUAGAGUAAAUAUUUUAAAUUAUUACACACCAAUCUUAUUUUUUUAAAAAGAAAAAUAAAUCAUUAGAAAAUUUUUAUUGUUUUAAUUUUUAUAAUUAGCACGAUUUACUCAUGUUAUAUAAAAAUGUGAAUAACAUCUAAUUUUAUUUUAAUUUAAUUGUAAGGAAUAGCACGAUGACUUGGAAUGGGAUCCUAGCCAACUAAGCUAGAAUCUCAGAAUCUCUUAUCCUAUUACAUCCAGAAGAACCAUAGUUUUGCUCCCCUUAUUAGCCAAUUAGACCAAUAAUUCUACUAUUUGGUCUAAUGAUACCAUCACGACGUGCCAAGAACAUUGGAAAAAAAGAAAAAAGAAAAAAGAGAAAUUGCUUAAAUCUUCAUGUAUAAAGUCCUUACUCCAUUCCUCCCUUUCCAUCAAAGCAUAACUAUUAUCUCAACAAACAACCCAAGAAUUGCAGGCUGUGUUUGUAGACAAAAAUAAAAUAAAAAUAAAAAUAAAAAAUGGCAUCGAGAAGUGAAGCCUCAAUGGCGUUGCUUCUUUCCCUGAACCUCCUUUUCUUCAGUUUGGUUAGUUCCACUAGCUGCCCUGUUGGUGCUCCAAAGCUGAAGGUUUGUGCCGACCUGUUGGGGCUUGUUUCCAUCCCACCAGAUACACCUUGCUGCAAUCUUCUUGGUAAUCUUGCUGCUGCUGAAGCUGCUCUUUGCCUGUGCGCUGCCAUAAGAGUUAAUGCAUUAGGCAUUCACCUUAAUGUUCCUCUUGAUGUGAACUUGUUGCUCAACAACUGCGGGAAGGAAGUUCCUGAAGAAUUCACAUGUCCUUGAUUAAUCUAUCAAGUUCUUUUCAUGUUUAUUUUGUAGUUAUUAUCUUCGUUUUAUCCAUUGUUUUCUUUUAAUCUUCAUGUUGUGUUUUUGCUUUGGGAUUUAUGUUUCUUGGCGUAGGCCUUGGACAUUACUAUCAGGAUAUUAUCUUAUGCUAGACCUGGAAGUACAGUUUGGUAUGCCUUUUGAACCUAUUAGAACUCUAUGGAAAGUUCAUUUCUUGACGAAUGUGGGUGAGAUAGAGAAAAAGUUGUUGGAGCUAAGAUUGAAAGAAGAUACAGACAAUUUUAUCAAGAUCGGUUAUAACUAAUAUAUUUUUUUAAAGCCAAAAAACGGAUGGUGAUCAAGCCUUUAAAAGAGCAUUAGGUUUUUUCCAUCGUCACUAUUCGCUUUGUACUAUAUUGUAUUAUCCUUGCUCUUUGGUUGAUUUGGCUUGCAAUCUGGAGGUUCUUGGUUGGUUGGGUGCUAAAGAAGGAGUUGGGUGUGGUUUAUUAGUUCUCCAUGUUAGUGAAGCUCUCGAGGAAGAAGAAGGAUGUUGGUGGGUAUAUAGGUUUCUUUUAGGGACCAAUUUGCUAUUUCUUUCAAUGACUGUAGGCGUUAGAGCCAAUUUCUCUUUAGACUUUAAGCCCAGGUUAUUGGGCUUUGUCCCUUUGUCUUUAAACCCUUCUAUUGGAUAUACUUUGUGGGUCUUCGGCCUGUUUAGUUUACUUAAGGGUGACUUCUGCUUUUGUAAUGACAUUAUCCAUAUACCUCUUUCAGGUCUUGGGGCCCUUUAAUCCAAUAAUCUUUUCAAUAGUUAAGAGAAAAAAAAUAAAAAAAUAUUUUUGGAAAUGUAUAAAUUGAGUUUAUUAAUUAAUAUUUGUUCUUACCUUAAAGAAGACCCUACACAUUAAAAGAGUAGUACCAAAAUAUGUCGAAAUAAUUAAGCUAUAUUUUAUCCAUACACGUGUCAUUACAUUACAAAAUAAAUGUAAGCACCACCAGAAAGUGAAGCUAAUAAUGAAAAUGGCAAGAUUGCUGUCGCAUAGGGUUGCCGGAGGGCAUGAAAGCAGUAAAUUAGGUUGGUACGUAUAUAGCUCCAUUAUUGAACUUUAAAUUAACGGUUGGUAUGAUGAUGAUGAUGAUGAUAUCAAUGUCUAACCAACUGUUGAAGCUUUCUUAUGGAAACUCGUUCCCUCCAAUAUUAUAUAUCCUCACGGAUUAAGCUACUCUGCCUUAGCAGUGGGUCUCAUCUCACUCCCACUGUUUCCUUUUUUUCUUUUUACCCCUUCAAGUGAUGUUAGUUUGGGAGAUAUAUCUAUCAAUUCAUCGUAGCAUAUAAUAUUGUUAUAAAAUCAAUUUUAAUAUUUUGAGAUUUUUAUGUUUAUUUUUAUUGUUUAGUAAAAUAAUUUAACAAGAAUUAAUACAAAUUAGAGU